AUGAUGUAUACAAGUUGUGUCAACGAGCCUAUUAUCUGUCAAGCUGCUGUUGCUUGGGAACCAAGUAAACCGCUAGUGAUUGAAGAGGUUGAAGUUGCUCCUCCAUCAAGUGGGGAAGUGAGGAUCAAGAUUCAUUCUUCUGGAGUUUGUCAUACAGAUGCAUAUACUUUGAGUGGUCAUGAUCCUGAGGGAGUUUUUCCUGUCAUUCUUGGACAUGAAGGUGCAGGUGUUGUAGAAAGCGUUGGGCAAGGUGUAUCGUCUGUUGUUCCAGGAGACCACGUCAUUCCACUAUACAUUCCACAAUGUAAUCAAUGCAAAUUUUGUCUAUCUAAGAAAACGAAUUUAUGCUCAAAGAUAAGGGAAACGCAAGGGAAAGGCCUCAUGCCUGAUGGAUCUGUUCGUUUCAAAUGUCGUGGUAGACAAGUGCAUCACUUCAUGGGCUGUAGCACUUUUAGUGAAUACACAGUGCUACCUGAAAUCAGCUUAGCAAAAAUUGAUAAAAAUGCCCCACUGAAUAAAGUUGGCCUUUUGGGUUGUGGCAUAAGCACGGGUUAUGGAGCUGUCUUUAAUACUGCUAAAGUUGAGAAAGAGAGCAUAUGUGCUGUUUGGGGUCUUGGAGCAGUUGGAUUAGCAGCCAUAAUGGGAUGCAGAAUAGCUGGUGCUAGAAGAAUCAUUGGAAUAGAUAUUAAUGAAAACAAGUUUGAUUUAGCUCUGUCUUUUGGAGCUACAGAAUGCAUAAAUCCUGCGAAGCAUUCUAAGCCGAUACAACAGGUUAUUGUUGAAAUAACUGAUGGAGGUUGUGAUUAUUCUUUUGAAUGUGUCGGGAAUGUGGCUACUAUGCGUCAAGCUUUAGAAUCGUGUCACAAGGGCUGGGGUGUUUCAGUUAUAAUUGGUGUAGCGGAGGCUGAGGCAGAAAUCUCAACUCGACCAUUUCAACUUGUAACUGGUCGUACAUGGAAGGGUUGUGCUUUUGGAGGUUGGAAGUCUCGUGACUCAGUGCCCAAACUAGUUGAAGACUAUUUAUCAGGGACGAUCAAGGUUGAUCAAUUUAUCACUCAUCAUUUUCAGUUAAAAGAUAUCAAUAAAGCUUUUGAUUUGAUGCAUGAUGGUAUUUGCAUCAGACCAAUGAUUCACCUCUUCGCUCCGUAA